GUCCCAGCGUUGGGCGCCGUGAGGAGAUCCGGCAGCGGAGCACCUGAACGGCAGCACGACCCACCCUCUGGCUCUUUGGUGGAGGUGGAAGGCAGCGGGGAGGACAGGUUGACUCGUAGUAAAUUACUUCUGAGAGAUCCAGUCAAGGAGCAGAGAGAUGCCGCCGACCAGAACUUUGACUACAUGUUUAAGCUGCUGAUCAUUGGCAACAGUAGCGUGGGAAAGACGUCUUUCCUGUUCCGCUUUGCAGAUGACUCCUUCACCUCGGCUUUUGUCAGCACCGUGGGCAUCGACUUCAAAGUCAAGACCAUCUACAGGAGAGACAAGAGGGUCAAACUCCAGAUAUGGGACACGGCGGGGCAGGAACGCUACCGGACCAUCACCACAGCUUACUACAGAGGAGCCAUGGGAUUCCUGCUCAUGUAUGACAUCACAAGUCAGGAGUCAUUCUGUGCUGUUCAGGACUGGGCAACCCAAAUCAAGACUUACUCAUGGGAUAAUGCUCAGGUGGUACUGGUGGGCAACAAACUGGAUUUGGAAGAAGACAGACAAGUCCCAACAGAGGAUGCCCAAAGAGUGGCCACAGAGCUCGGCUUCCAGUUCUUUGAGGCAAGUGCUAAAGACAACAUCAAUGUGAAGCAGGUCUUUGACAAGCUAGCGGACGUCAUUUGUGAGAAGAUGAACGAGACGGUCAACGGCGAUGCCAGCCUGCCCGCUGCUCAGAAGGGGGACAGCCUUAAGGACGAGCCGCUCACGAGUCAGGGCGGCUGCGCAUGCUGAAGAUGGGCACUCUAAAAAGGAUCCACAUUUCAAACCAAAACAGACGACCUGUUUGCCAAAAAUCUGUCAUGCUGCUGGAAUACUGAAUGUUCAUCUCCCUCUCCAUUUUCUUCAGGUGAUCUUUCAUCAGCUCAGCUGCGAAUCAAACACGUUCCUCACAAUCGCAAUGUGACUGUUACACUGAGAAGCCAAAGAGCUGCAGUUGUGCCUUUUUCCUGUUUACACAGUGUAGUGGGUGAGCAGCGCCUAUGGCAAGUGAGGAUUCCAAGUGUAAAUGAAAAAAAAAAAGAAAAAGCAUGAGCUACAUCAGCAUGGCACAGAUUCACAUGAUGUACUUGUGUUAUACUGACCCCUUGUGGCAGUUCUGUGAAGCUGCAUCAGUCUUUGCUGAUUAUUGCUGUUCCAAGUCAAACAAACCAGAACGAUGAGGCCAUAAGCAUGUGACAAUUACAUCAUUUUUAGGUGUGCGUUCAUACUACACACCCAAUUUGAUGUGUUGGAAAGGCAUUCUAAGUUUGUUCGUUUUUCUGUCUAUUUGUAUAUUUAAUAAAUAAUUCAGCAAUGCUAACAGUAGGCCUCUUAACUUUGAGUAUUUAUCUGUGCAUCGUGUUCCUCUGUCUUCAUUUACACAAGGUCAAUGACGAGCAAAAAAAGGAAUAAAGCUCCUCA